AUGGCGAUCUGGUAUCGACUGGGAUUAUGUUUUGUCACAGGACCUACAGAUUUCCUGGAAAAAUGGAUGAGAGAAAUCGAGAAAGUCUCUGAAAUACAAAUUUCCAAAUGUUACAGCUACCUUAUACUUUCAGCUAUAGCUACCGAACUUCACACAUUUUGUGACAGCAGUGAAAAGGCGUUUACUGCAGUAGUAUAUCUUCGAGUUGUUGGAGUUGAAGAAACCAAAGUUUGCCUUAUUUCGGCAAAAACUAGAGUCGCUCCGUUGAAAGAAUUAUCUAUACCCAGGUUGGAACUUCAGGCAGAGGUCAUGGCAAAUCGGCUUUCUCAGCUGAGGAGAAAAGAACUGGAAAUUCCUAUCAAUCGAACAUUUUUUUGGUCCGACUCAAGAUGCGUUUUGAACUGGAUAAGAGGUGAUGGAAAAAACUAUAAACCAUUUGUAUCCCAUCGAAUGGGAGAAAUACAAGAACGAACGGAAGUUAAAGAUUGGUACUGGGUUUCAACUGAAUAUAACAUUGCAGAUGAAGCAACAAGAUGGACGGUAGGAGAGAAAAUAAUUUCAGACCAAUGGUUUUCUGGGCCGCACUUUCUCAGACAGUCCGAGGAACUUUGGCCGUGCCAAAAAGACAUGAAAUAUUUGUGUGAAGUGGAUGUUGAAUUGAAACAAAAACAGUUUGGAACAUGUCUGCUCAUUACGAACCAUGAAAAUUGUUUACCACUUGUAAAAAGAUUCUCCAAGUGGAUACGAUUAAUUCGUUCUAUGGCUUGGUGCUUGAGAUAUAUUAACAUUCUCAAAAACAAAAAAUGGUUCAAACCCAAUUUGACAAAAGAAGAGAUAUCUAAUGCUGAGAAAAUUUGGGUACAGUGUGCACAACAAGAGAGUUUACCCUCAGAUAUAUGCUGCCUCAAGAAUGGAAAACAUUUGAGUGGAAGUAGUAAGCUUGCCAGUUUAUGUCCUGAACUAAAAGAUGGAAUUAUGGUUCUCUCUGGCCGAACAAAUCUGUCGAAAUGGUUGUCAAGAGAUGUUAGUCAACCAGCUAUAUUGAAUCCAAAUGCAGACAAUCUGAGGAGAGAAUGGAAAAUAUCUCGCAUGAUCAGAUUCUUUCUGGAAUCGCUGGACAAGAGAGUAUCUACCUACCUUAUCAAGGCGAAGUAA